UCCCUCCUUUAUUGCCACUUGCACAGGGCCGCUGCUGCUAUUUAUGUCGCUUGCUCCACCAGGAGAGGGCCAGCUACGGUGACCACUGCCCAAGCCUGAGGCUCCGCGGCUCUUCCGCUCCACUUCUUCUGCCUCCCUCUGCUUCUCCCGGAUCCUUGCGUCCCCCUCUCUCUGCUUCUCGACCACUCCUACGGGCAUCUGAUAGGAAGAAGAGAGAGGUCCAGCCUUGCGUCCCGUGAUGAUGGCAUUUGGGCUGCCCCGCGCGGCGGCGGUGGUGACGCUGGUGCUGGGCCUCGCCGCGGCGUCGGCCAUGGCGGACGACGUGGAGAUGGUGUUCCUCAAAAGCGCGGUGGCCAAAGGAGCAGUGUGCCUGGAUGGGAGCGCCCCGGUGUACCACUUCUCCCCCGGCUCCGGCACCGGCGCCAACAACUGGAUUGUUCACAUGGAGGGAGGAGGGUGGUGCAAGACCCCUGAGGAGUGUGUGAUCCGGAAGGGCAACUUCAGGGGCUCUUCCAAGUUCAUGAAGCCACUCUCCUUCUCAGGGAUCCUAGGGGGCAACCAGCAGUUCAAUCCCGAUUUCUACAACUGGAACAGAGUCAAGGUCAGGUACUGCGACGGCUCAUCGUUUACCGGCGAUGUCGAAGAAGUGGACUCCAAGACGAACCUGCACUUCAGAGGGGCCAGAGUUUGGGACGCCAUCAUCGAAGAUCUGCUUAACAAGGGGAUGAGCAAAGCAAAGAGUGCUAUUCUUUCUGGAUGCUCAGCCGGAGGUCUAGCGGCAGUACUGCAUUGUGACAAAUUCAAAGACCUCCUUCCACCGUCGGCAUUCGUAAAAUGCGUUUCUGAUGCCGGUUAUUUUAUUGAUGGGACGGAUAUUACCGGCAACAAGUUUGUCAGAACAUCCUUUAAGAACGUUGUAACCCUACAUGGAUCGGUUAAAAAUUUGCCAUCUUCAUGUACCUCGAGGGUAUCACCUGAGCUGUGCUUCUUCCCACAGCAUGUCCUCCCAACAAUGAAAACGCCGCUAUUCAUACUUAAUGCGGCGUAUGAUUCAUGGCAGAUCAGGAACAUCCUGGUGCCUAGCGCCGCCGAUAAGAAGAAGGAAUGGGCCAAAUGCAAGGUUGACAUAAAGGGCUGCUCCUCCAGCCAGCUGGUGACCUUACAACAUUUCAGGGAUGAGUUCCUGUCAGCGCUCCCUAAACCGGAGCAGUCUCCCAAGAUAGGCAUGUUCAUAGACUCGUGCUUUGCUCACUGCCAAUCUGGAGCCCAGGACUCGUGGAAUGCCGACGGUUCCCCUUCGAUUCAGAAGAUGAGAAUUGGCAAAGCUGUGGGGGACUGGUACUUCGACCGGGCUGUGUCUCAGCGGGUUGACUGCCCGUAUCCCUGCAACCAGUCCUGCAUUGACAAUGAAGAUGACUGAGCAAUUGGGCCUGAACUUCAUUCUCGAAAAGAAAAAAAAGUGGGCCUGAACUUCAGUUAGAUGAUGCAGGAAUAACAUGGAUUAGACCACAUCCAUAGCUACAGGUAGAAUAGGUGAUUCUUCAUAGACGGUUGCCUACCCGUUCUGUGUUUGUUGAUGCUUACUGCUACUGAGAAUAAAAUGAAGGAGUUGUGGUGUGAA